ACGGCCCGAGCACGCGCGCAAGGACCCACACCCCAGCGGGUCUCACAAUCGCGCACACACACGUACACACACCCCAGCAAACAAAGGGUCUGGACACCCCUGUCCCCUCCCGCCCCCCAGGCCGGAGAGGGCGGGGCAUCCCCUCCCCAGCCCCCCUGCAAGCUCAUUUCACACAUAUUUCCCGAGAGCCUGCUAUGCGCCACGGCGCUGUGGCCAGGCGGGGGCUACAGCCACCAACAAGACCAGCUGGGUCCCUGCUCUGCUGCCCCUCAAGGCUGGCGAGGGAGCAAGAUCCGUGUCUAAACAGAGAAGUACCCGCGGCGAUUGCAGACCGUGAAGACGAACCUUCCAUCAGGAUAAUGGCUACUGUUUUGUGAGCACCCACUAUGAACCAGGCACUGUGCUCAGAACUUUCCAUGCAUUGCGUCACUUCAUCCUCACAACAACCCUGUCAGAGGCCGCGGGAGACCCGCGAGCUCAGCCGUGCCAACAUGCUGGGGGCCGCCCUCCGUCGCCCUCGCCGUCGCCUCUCCACUGGCCCUGGCCUAGGCUGGGCUGACCCGGAGCCCUCGGACCCUGGGGUCCCUCUGCUGCCACGGCCCACCACGCUGCCCCUGCUGAUCCCUCCGCGGAUUUCCAUCACCAGAGCCGACAGCUUCGAGGCAGAGAAUGGGCCGACGCCAUCCCCCGGGCGCAGCCCCCUGGACUCGCAGGCGAGCCCGGGCCUCGUGCUGCACGCCGGGGCAGCCAGCAGCCAGCGCCGCGAGUCCUUCCUCUACCGCUCAGACAGCGACUACGACAUGUCACCCAAGACCAUGUCCCGGAACUCGUCGGUCACCAGCGAGGCGCACGCGGAGGACCUCAUCGUGACGCCGUUCGCCCAGGUGCUGGCCAGUCUCCGGAGCGUUCGCAACAACUUCUCCCUUCUGACCAAUGUGCCCAUUCCCAGCAACAAGCGGUCCCCGCUGGGCGGCCCAACCCCGGUCUGCAAGGCCACGCUGUCAGAGGAGACGUGUCACCAGUUGGCCCGGGAGACUCUGGAGGAGCUGGACUGGUGUCUGGAGCAGCUGGAGACCAUGCAGACCUACCGCUCCGUCAGUGAGAUGGCGUCCCACAAGUUCAAGAGGAUGCUAAACCGAGAACUCACACACCUGUCAGAGAUGAGCAGGUCAGGAAACCAGGUGUCUGAGUACAUCUCCACUACAUUCCUGGACAAGCAGAAUGAAGUGGAGAUCCCCUCGCCCACCAUGAAGGAUCGAGAAAAACAGCAGGCGCCACGGCAGAGGCCCUCCCAGCAGCCCGCGCCCCCUGGGCUGCAGUUCCAGCCCAUGUCUCAGAUCACGGGGGUGAAGAGGCUGGUGCACGGCAGCACCCUGAACGACUCCAGCAUUCCCCGCUUUGGGGUGAAGACCAACAAAGAGGAACUCCUGGCCCACGAACUGGAGAACCUGAACAAGUGGGGCCUGAACAUCUUCUGCGUGUCGGAUUACGCAGGAGGCCGCUCCCUCAGCUGCAUCAUGUACACCAUCUUCCAGGAGCGGGACCUGCUGAAGAAGUUCCGCAUCCCGGUGGACACGAUGGUGACAUACAUGCUGACCCUGGAGGACCACUACCACCCCAGCGUGGCCUACCACAACAGCCUGCACGCCGCCGACGUGCUGCAGUCCACCCACGUGCUGCUGGCCACGCCGGCUCUGGACGCUGUAUUCACGGACCUGGAGAUUCUCGCCGCCCUGUUCGCGGCUGCCAUCCACGACGUGGACCACCCUGGGGUCUCCAACCAGUUCCUCAUCAACACCAAUUCGGAGCUGGCGCUCAUGUACAACGACGAGUCGGUGCUGGAGAACCACCACCUGGCCGUGGGCUUCAAGCUGCUGCAGGAGGACAACUGUGACAUCUUCCAGAACCUCAGCAAGCGCCAGCGGCAGAGCCUGCGCAAGAUGGUCAUCGACAUGGUGCUUGCCACGGACAUGUCCAAGCAUAUGACCCUCCUGGCUGACCUGAAGACCAUGGUGGAGACCAAGAAAGUGACCAGCUCGGGGGUCCUCCUGCUGGACAACUACUCCGACCGCAUCCAGGUCCUGCGCAACAUGGUGCACUGCGCAGACCUCAGCAACCCCACCAAGCCGUUGGAGCUGUACCGCCAGUGGACGGACCGCAUCAUGGCCGAGUUCUUCCAGCAAGGCGACCGGGAACGUGAGCGGGGCAUGGAGAUCAGCCCCAUGUGCGACAAGCACACGGCCUCUGUGGAGAAGUCUCAGGUGGGUUUCAUCGACUAUAUCGUGCACCCGUUGUGGGAGACGUGGGCGGACCUGGUCCACCCGGAUGCCCAGGAGAUCCUGGACACGUUGGAAGACAACCGGGAUUGGUACCACAGCGCCAUUCGGCAGAGCCCUUCGCCACCGCCCGAGGAGGAGCCCAGGGGGCCAGGCCACCCGCCCCCACCCGACAAGUUCCAGUUUGAGCUGACGCUGGAGGAGGAAGAGGAGGAGGAGGCGACCACCGGCCUGGGUGCAGGUGAAGUGCAGGAACUGCCCCUGGCGCAGGCGCAGGACGCGUCCGCAGCUGAGGAACUGUUGGGGCUCCAUGGCCAGGCCGUGCGCACAGAGGUGGAGGUACAGGAAAUGCGCCUGAGGCAGCAAGCAGACCCCGCAGGGCGUGUGGCUACGGGCCAGGAGGAGUCCGCGUCCCCACAUGCAUCUGCGGGUGCUGUAGGCUGCAGCGGUCCCCCCGCUCUGUCUCCUGAGAGCCCCCCUUUGCCUGCCUUGAGGACCCUGCCCCCUCCAGAGGAGGCCCCGGGCCUCCCGGGCCUCCCCUCCACGGCGGCCGAGGUGGGGGCCCAAAAAGAGCACCAGGCUGCCAAGAGGGUGUGCUGUGCCUGCACGGGGUCCCCCAGCGAGGACCCACCCGCGCUCCCAGCUCCCGGCGGGUGGGGGUCAGCUGGAGGCCCCACCUGAGCCCCCGCCCCUGCCCGCUGUCGCCCCCCUGCCUCCCUUCACCACCCUCAGCCCCCCAACCGCCCCCUCCACUGCCUCAAAGACUCUUGAGCCUCCUGAGAAAAAAGAAAACAGAAAAGUGGGGUUUUUUCUCUUUUCUUUUUUUCCGCCCCUCCCCCAACCCCCACCCAUGGGGCCUCUUUUUGGAGGUGGGGGCUGGGGGAAGAAGGGGCUGAGGCCCCCGACGGGAUUUUAUUUUUGGAAUUUUAAUUGUUACGUUUUUAGAAAAAGAAAAAAAAAAAAAAAACCACCAAGAUGAAACACAGCAACUGUAGAUGUUCCUGUUCCCGGCUCCCCCUCGUUCAUCUCCAACCCCCACCCUCCCCAAGCCCCGCUAGGUUCCAGGCUCAGUCUUCCGGCCUCUAAGGGCUCUCUGCCUGGGCCCAAGCAGGCACAGGGUCUCCUUCCAGCCUUCUCUUCUGAAUUUUGGAGGGUGUCUAGGAUCCAGCCAGGAAUAGCCAUUCUGGGGGGCGGCCCGGGCAGGUGAGGGGGGUCGCCAUGGGAGGCCCCAGCUCCAGCCCGUCUCUGGCUCGCUGUGCCUCCCCCCACCCCAGAAGUCUUCCCCCCGCCUCAUUUUGCACAAACGUGGCAAUACCGACUCCGAGACGGGCAGUGGGGAGCUGUGCUCUGAAGGACGCAGCCGGGGGUCUUGGAGAGACAUUCACACCACCAGCCUUGGGGCUGAGGUCUGAGGAGGGCCUGAUCCCCCCUCUGCUUGCCACUCUCUUCCCCUCCACUUUGGGUUCUGUUGGAAUUUUCUCCGUUUGGGGGGACGGCUCUGAGCCACACCCCUCCUUCCAGCUGCUCUCCUCUUGUUUCUGCCUUAAUGAUUCCCAAGGCCAUAGGAGAGGGGGUCGAAGUGGCCCCACCUGCACCUUGGGUGGGGCGGGGCCAGGCCCGGAGCCCCCAUCCUGGGCACCCCCCUCCCCAGCAUCCUCCUGCCCCCCCUCCCUGACCCUGUGCCCUAGGAAGAAGCAAUAAUGGUGUACACCCACAUCCCUUUUCUGGGCAGCCCUUCCUCUGCUGGCCCCAAAGUCUCCAUUACCCCCCACCUUGCCAAGCCUCCCCCUCACCCGGUAGCUAUUCCCCAAGCAAUAUGACAGACAGAUGGAUGCAAGGCCGUUUUUCUCCAAGCCAUGGGGGGACUGUUUAGAAAGAAAGAUUCUCUCUUCUCCCUCUGCUCUGCUCCUCUGCCUGUUCUGCAGCUGGGCCGGGCAGGCCCUCCUCUCUCAUCGUCUCCCCCGGCAAUUCUGAGCACACGGUACUGUAGCCCCUGGGUCCCCCCAGCCUUCCGUCUGUCUGUCCAUCUCGAUGGGGAGUACGACCCGCCCCCACCCCCAGGAUGCUGUACAGGGUUCAUUUUUGUAGUGAACGUAGUUUCUGUCCCAGCCGGUGACCGGAGUGGGCCUUUUUUGUUGUUGUUUUCUUUCUUUUUUUUGUACAUACUGUAAGGUUGGUUUGUAAAUUAUUCUACAGAGGCAAAAAGGGAAAAUAAACUUGCCCUUCCUCGACUGACCGGCAGGGGAAGGAGGGGAGGGGGCCUCCCAGAGGGAGAGUCCCUGUUCCCGCUGUAUUAUACAAACUGUACCAUAGACCCCAAAAGUGUGGACUCAACACUGGUUUUGGUGGGGAGUCGUGGCAUCUGGGCAGAGCCUGCCCCCUCCCCCAGGGCUGGAUGUGACUGGCGAGAGGGACCGCCACGCACCAUCAGGGCUCCUCUCUCUGGGGGUGCACAGGACCCCUGUGAGCUGCUCCAGUGUUGUCCACUUUGACGAUCAAUGAGUCUGAUCAGUAAUCAAUCCUUUGAUCUUGUCUCCAAUUAAACUGAGGCUUUCAUGGA